GAAAAGCUUCUCGAGAUACUUUCUAAACCUGAAACUUCUCCCUCCGGCAGCUUCCGGCCGCCCGGCUGCGUUCUGCUGACGGCUGUUCACCGGAUGUGACGUUUGUAACGCCGGCGGCGGCAGUUGGUUACCUCACCAGCUAGCCGGCUAACACUGUCUGUAGUAUCAGAGGCUGUUGCCAUGGAGCCGGCCUGGCGCCAACAAGGCAGGGGGCGUGGCCGGGGUCAGGAGGGUCCAGGUGAAAGGUCGCGCCCCCCCCAGAAGGAGAGGGAGGCGCCGGGGCGUUCCAAGUUCGAGGAGAUCCGGAAGUCCAACCAGGCUGCUGCUCAGCGAUUGGUGGAGAGCCGUGUUAGCGCCUCCUCCUCUGAUGAGGAGGAGGAUGAUGAAGAGGCCAAGGUCGACCACAAAGACGGGAAGAGGGGAAAGAUCCUGGAGUCCACCUUCACCACCUACACCAACCAGACAGGUGGUGAUGCUACCGGUCUGGUGAGAACCGGUCAGUACGUCAGUGACCUGUUUCAGUCCGGAGCGUUGACCUGUCUGAUCUGUAUCGGCUCUGUGAAGAGGACUCAGGCGGUGUGGAGCUGCUCCAGCUGUUUCUCCCUGUUUCACCUGCCGUGUAUCCAGAAGUGGGCCCGAGACUCCGUCUUCCUCGUGUCCUCCGUCACUGAUGAAGACUUCGGUCAGAAGCAGCAUCCCUGGCCCUGUCCCAAGUGUCGAGCAGAGUACCCGCCCAGCGCCACGCCCAACAGGUACAUGUGUUACUGUGGGGAUCAGCAGGACCCUCCAGCUGACCCCUGGUUGUCUCCUCACUCCUGUGGCUCCGUCUGUCAGAAGCAGCUCAAACCCUCGUGUGGACACACCUGUCUGCUGCUGUGUCACCCUGGGCCGUGUCCUCCGUGUCCAAAGAUGGUGUCUGUGUCCUGCAUGUGUGGCAACGCUAAGCCCCUCCCCCGUCGCUGUAGCAACAAGGCCUGGUCGUGUCAGCAGACGUGCAGCAAGUUGUUACCCUGCAAACAGCACAAGUGUACACAACCCUGUCACACAGAGUGUCGUCCCUGCCCCCGGGCCAGUAUCCAGAGGUGUGUGUGUGGGAGACAACAGUCAGAGAGGAGCUGUGCGAGUCCUCAGUGGAACUGUGACCAGGUGUGUUGCUCUCUCCUCUCCUGUGGUAAUCACACCUGUGAGGUUCCGUGUCACGGUGGUGUUUGUCCUCCGUGUCCUCGCUCCGUCAGCAGGACAUGUCCCUGCAGCAAGACCAAGUCCUCUCUGCCGUGCACGGAGGAGGUGUUGCCUUGCGGCGACACGUGCGACCGCCGUCUGUCGUGUGGAAAACACACCUGUUCAAUGAGGUGUCACCGAGGAAGCUGUGAGACCUGCAGACAGGAGGUGGCGAAGGAGUGCCGGUGUGGUAAAUACAGGAAGUUCAUGCCGUGCCAUAAAGAAUACCUGUGUGACUCCAAGUGUCCAAAAACCAGAAGCUGCCAGAGACACCAGUGCAGGAGGAAGUGCUGCCCUGGGAACUGCCCCCCAUGUGACCAGAGCUGUGGGCGAACGCUGGGGUGUCGCAACCACAAGUGUCCCUCUGGCUGCCACCCAGGUAGCUGCUACCCCUGCCCCGAGGCCGUGGAGGUCACGUGUUCCUGUGGCUCCACCCAGCUGUCUGUCCCCUGUGGACGGGAACGCAGCACCAGACCACCCCGCUGCAAAGAGACCUGCAGGUGUCCCCCGUCCUGCCACCACCCAUGCAGGGAGGCCCACCGAUGCCACCCCGGGCCCUGCCCCCCCUGCCGGCUGCCCUGCCUGCUGCCGCUGCCGCGCUGCAGCCACAGCUGCCCACCGCCAUGCCACGACCAGGUGCUGGUCAGGUCCCAGCAGGUGCAGUUAGCAGGGCCCUGGGAGCAGCCCUCUGAACCAGCGUUUGUGCAGAAAGCUCUGCCUUGUCCACCGUGUCAGGUACCCAUACCAACAUCCUGUUUUGGAGAACACGAGGUCAGCGUGGUGCCGUGUCAUCGCCGAGGCCGGUUCUCCUGUCGGCGACCUUGCGGACGACCUUUGACCUGCGGAAACCACGACUGCAGCCGGGAGUGUCACCUGGUUACCGACGGCAACAAGGUGACGACCUCGCUCGACGGUCCGCGUGAGACGUCGGCUCUGAUCACCUCUCUCUCUCCGCAGUGCAAGGUGUGUGAGGAGGGCUGCUCUAAGCCCCGCCCCCCCGGCUGCCCCCACCCCUGCCCCCGCCCCUGUCACCCUGGCAACUGCUCCGCCUGCAGCCAGAUGAUCCGCCAGCGCUGCCACUGCAAGAUCAGCCUGCUCUACGUGGAGUGCACGAAGCUAACGUCAGCUGAUCAACGCACCAAGGAGGAGCUGAGCUGCAGCAACCAGUGCCCCAAAGAGCUGAGCUGUGGCCAUCGCUGUAAGCAGGUGUGUCAUCCAGGUGUGUGUGAAGAGAAAUGUCAGCAGAAGGUGAAGCUCAGGUGUCCCUGCAGGAGAAUCAAGAAGGAGUUCCUGUGCUCUUUGUCAAACCAGUGUGUCGUUCAAUGUGUCGACGCCUGCAGAGACCAGCAGAGGAAAGUCAGCCAGGUGAAGGAGGCGGAGCUGAGAGCAGCUCAGGAGGAGGAGCAGAAGAAACUUCAGGAGGAGCUGGAGGCGUUCGAGAAGCGCCAGCAGCGAGGAGGGAGGAGGAGCAAGAAGAGAGGGAGGAGGGAGGAGGAGGAGGAGGAGGUGGAGGAGGAGGCCAGGAGGGCGGGCCGGUGGUGGAGGAGGUGCACCGCCUUGCUCCUCAUCCCGCUGGGCGGAGCUCUGCUGGCCGCCGCCUACUACCUCCUCCCGGAGGCCUGAGGCCACGCCCACUCUGACUCACUCAUGAGGUGUUUUCAUGUAAUCUCUGCACGUUUUAAUUCAGUUUCCUUAUAGAUUAUUGAGUAGGAUUUAAAGUUGAGUUUACCAACUAAAACAUUUUAUUUAAAAUGUUCAGCCAACUGAAAGUCAUUUGUGUUAAGUUUCUCAAUUAGAGCUGAUUAUUAUGUGAGUUGUCUUAAUUCGUCCCAUAUUUAUAUAUAUAUAUAUAUAUAUACAUUUGUGAACAUGUUUUUGUCAGUAGCAUCGAGAUUCACAUAAUAAUAUUAAUAUUUAGUUAGUCUAUUACUUUGACUUUUCUCCUGAAUUGUUAAACAUUGUUUGAUAUUCAGAUGUAAACUCAAUUAUUUUUUGUCUUUUUCAAACAUAAAAAAAUAAAAAAUGCCUAAAACGAUGGUUUAACCAA